AUGACCGACCUAGUGUCUGAAAACCAGGCUUACUUUGGAAAGAUCGCCAACGAGUACGACCAACGCAACGCAGAUGCGAUCGUGCAGUUGGAGCACAGUAUUCAGCGCAGGAUCCCAUUUAUCGGCAUCAAGCAAAACGGCAGAUUGCUAGACUACGCAUGUGGUACUGGCAUGCUGUCAAGGGUGUUGGCACAGCAUACGAGUGAGGCUAUUGGUAUCGAUCUUUCCGAGCAUAUGGUUAAUGUAUAUAAUACCCAGGCUCAGAACCAAGGCUCUUCUCGACUGGCCUUUCAGGGCAACUUGGCUGAUCCUACAGACGUCUCUCCUGAGGCCUUUACAGACUCCAAGUUCUUCGGCUUCGACGUUGCAGGUGUAGGGCUCGGAUUCCAUCACUUUGACAAACCUGAUCUGGCGUCUAAGAGACUGGCCGAGCGUCUCAAACCUGGGGGUGUUCUUUUCAUCAUCGAUUUUGUCGCCCACAAGAUAAAUCCCCAGGAUGCCGCGAAGCGUGGUAUCGCGCACCAUGGCUUUUCAGAGGAACAAAUCAGGAAGAUGUUUGAGGACGCUGGUCUUACCGACUUUGCCUACCAAGAACUCCCAGAGCCUAUUACAUUCAAGGAUCCGAUGGGCCAUGGCCAUAACCACGGACACACACAUGAUGGAAGACACGCCGAUGGCAAACACGGGCAUGGAGAGGGCUAUGAUGACCACAAGGGCCAUUCCAUGACCAAGCGAGUGUUUAUCGCCAGGGCAUCGAAGCUCUAG